UCACUUCCUGCCUUGUGACCACACACCCGGGGUUAACAAAGUUGUUCUCCAGAUCAGAAAGAAGGGGUUUUCUGGUCACACGCCAGCGCCACUGAGAACAGUUUGGCUACCAGAACUGUUGCCUAAAGCAGUAAAAAAUGGCCAGAGGAUCAGUAUCCGAUGAAGAAAUGAUGGAGCUCAGAGAAGCUUUUGCCAAAGUGGAUACCGAUGGCAACGGGUACAUCAGCUGCAAUGAACUGAAUGACUUGUUCAAGGCUGCCUGCUUGCCUCUGCCUGGGUACAGGGUGAGAGAAAUUACAGAAAACCUGAUGGCCACAGGUGACCUGGACCAGGAUGGGAAGAUCAGCUUUGAUGAGUUUAUCAAGGUUUUUCAUGGCCUGAAAAGCACAGAGGUUGCCAAGACCUUUAGAAAAGCUAUCAACAAGAAGGAAGGGAUUUGUGCGAUCGGGGGCACUUCCGAGCAGUCUAGUGUUGGCACUCAACACUCCUACUCAGAGGAAGAGAAGUAUGCCUUUGUCAACUGGAUAAACAAAGCCCUGGAAAAUGACCCCGAUUGUCGGCACGUCAUCCCAAUGGAUCCUAACACCAAUGAUCUCUUCAGUGCUGUUGGAGAUGGCAUCGUGCUUUGUAAAAUGAUCAAUCUGUCAGUGCCGGACACAAUUGAUGAGAGGACAAUCAACAAAAAGAAACUCACCCCUUUCACCAUUCAGGAAAAUUUGAACCUGGCUCUGAACUCUGCCUCAGCCAUCGGGUGCCACGUGGUUAAUAUCGGCGCUGAGGACUUAAAGGAGGGGAAGCCUUACCUGGUCCUGGGACUGUUGUGGCAGGUCAUCAAGAUUGGGUUAUUUGCCGACAUUGAGCUCAGCAGAAACGAAGCACUGGCUGCUCUUCUGAGAGAAGGGGAGAGCCUGGAGGACCUGAUGAAACUCUCUCCUGAGGAGCUCCUGCUGAGAUGGGCUAACUACCACCUGGAAAAUGCAGGCUGCAACAAAAUCAACAACUUCAGCAGCGACAUCAAGGACUCGAAAGCUUAUUACCACCUGCUUGAACAGGUGGCUCCAAAAGGAGAUGAAGAAGGUAUUCCUGCUGUGGUUAUUGACAUGUCAGGACUGAGGGAGAAGGACGACAUCCAGAGGGCCGAAUGCAUGUUGCAGCAGGCGGAGAGGCUGGGCUGCCGCCAGUUUGUCACGGCCACAGAUGUUGUCCGAGGGAACCCCAAGCUGAACUUGGCUUUUAUUGCCAACCUCUUUAACAAAUACCCUGCCCUGCACAAGCCUGAGAACCAGGACAUCGACUGGGGGGCUCUUGAAGGUGAGACGAGAGAAGAGCGGACGUUUAGGAACUGGAUGAACUCCUUGGGCGUAAACCCGCGAGUCAAUCACUUGUACAGUGACUUAUCAGAUGCCCUGGUCAUCUUCCAGCUCUAUGAAAAGAUUAAAGUCCCUGUUGAUUGGAACAGAGUAAACAAACCACCAUACCCCAAACUGGGGGGUAACAUGAAGAAGCUUGAGAAUUGUAACUAUGCAGUGGAACUGGGGAAGAAUCAAGCAAAGUUCUCCCUGGUUGGCAUUGGUGGACAAGAUCUCAAUGAAGGAAACCGCACCCUAACGUUGGCCUUGGUCUGGCAGUUAAUGAGAAGGUACACACUGAAUAUUCUUGAAGAAAUUGGAGGUGGGCAGAAGGUCAAUGAUGACACUAUUGUCAACUGGGUGAAUGAAACAUUGAAGGAAGCGGAGAAGAAUUCAUCCAUCUCUAGUUUCAAGGACCCAAAGAUCAGCACCAGCCUGCCAGUCCUUGACCUCAUCGAUGCCAUUCAGCCAGGUUCCAUUAACUAUGACCUUCUGAAGACGGAGAACCUGGACGAAGAAGAGAAACUCAACAACGCAAAGUAUGCCAUCUCUAUGGCCCGAAAAAUUGGAGCGAGAGUGUAUGCGCUUCCAGAAGACUUGGUGGAAGUGAACCCCAAGAUGGUCAUGACCGUGUUCGCUUGCCUCAUGGGGAAAGGAAUGAAGAGGGUGUAGAGCCCAGCGGGUGGGCCGGGGGGGUGUGCGUGGGUCUCUGGCUGCUCAGGGCCGGGUGCUCCCAGGAAACACGGGAGGAGUCAGCCAUUCCAAAGUUUCAACUUGAUGACAUUAUACACGGUUCCAAAAAAAAAUGUAUGUCUGUUCAGCCAAGUAGCCUUCGUGUAUUUAACAAAAAGUGCUUUAUUCUUUGCAAAAGAGCCAGUCUCUUACAAAUAUUUUUUUUAUCUUUGAAUUGAUUGCUUCUUUGAAAAUGUAGAGAAAAAGAGAUCUUACUUCCCAGGCACCUUUCCUGCCUUUGCCAUGUAGUCGGGUAUAGAAGCCUCAAAUGUAGUUCAUUUUAACAUAAUCUUUCAAACCAGCUUACAUUGUCUGCCUUCUUGUUCGGGGUGAGAACCAGGAGGGGAGAAUCAUCAGAGGGGAGAAUCGUGAAACCAGCCCUAAAGCUGGCUUCUGGAGGCCAUCAUUUGCUCUGUUACAAGCCUCCUUCCUGCCGCCCUUCCACCUGUGUCUACCUGUUGUGACUUUGCUCUCCACCUCUGCAGAACCUGCCCUCUCUGUGGCACACCUCUGCUGGCCACCCUCCUCUCUGGGCCUUCUGGGUCAUCUGACAAAUCAGGCUGUAUUGGGGUCCCCAAGAGCGUCUGGUAACCUCCAGACCUAAGAUCAUUAAUCAUCAGAGCAUUUUCUCAGAACUGUGUCUGCUAACCUCCAGAACUAAGACUUAUCAUCAGAACAUUUUCUCAAAGCUAGGGUCCCAGAUGUCAUCAGAUUUUAUUUUUGCAGUCAAUGAGGAGCCCUCUGUUUUUAACUCUAGGAUCUGGGCUCUGACCAGGUCUACUAUCUUAAAUAGCGUGCCUUCAAAUAAAUUCUUACUGUUGGUUUAGGGUUAUGUUCAAGGAGGGUGUCAUUGAGCAGCAAACCACUAGAGGGUACUGUGGAGUCAUAACAAAGUUUCUGAUCUCAGGUGCUGCCUCUCUUGUGUAUUUAGCCCUGUGUUUUAGGUCUUGGAGAAGGAAAUGGCAACCCACUCCAGUGUUCUUGCCUGGAGAAUCCCAGGGAUGGGGGAGCCUGGAGGGCUGCCAUCUUUGGGAUCGCAUAGAGUCGGAACCGACUGAAGUGACUUAGCAGCAUUAGGUCUUGGAGAAGGAAAUGGCAGCCCAGUCCAGUAUUCUUGCCUGGAGAAUUCCGUGGACAGAGGAGCCUGGCUGGCUACAGUCCAUGGGGUCGCAAAGAGUUGGACACAACUAAGUGACUAAUGCUUUCAUUAGAUCUAGUUAUUACAGUGUGGCUAAAUAUCUGGUGACUGGGAACUGACUUGCUCUGAUUUCAUUUGCUGUUAGAUCAUAGUGCAUGUGAUGUCUGCCGGGCCAUAGGAUCAAUGUUUACUUUUUUGGUACCCCCAAAUUCCCAGGGGUCAUAUGUGCCAGUGAACAGUGCCCCCACCUCAACCCCAAACCUGACCCCCACCAACACACUCACAUACACACAUACCUAGCCAGGCGUCAAGCUGGCUAGGAACUGGCACAGUUGCUUUAUGAAGAGUUAAUUUACUGGAUAUUUAAAGAAUUCCUAAACAAAACCCAAGGAACUCAGUGCUCUUGAGCAGUUCUAAUAGACUGCAGUUUCCUUGAAAACUUACCAAAGGCUAAAUAUCAACAGAGCAUUGGGCACCAAUGCCAGACCCCUUCUGUCAUGGUGGAAGGGCUCAUGGAGGAGGUAUCUGCUUUAGGGGUGGUGUGUAGUGGAACUUAGUCAUUUUUCAAAGCGACUGAAAUGCAUUGCCCUGGUCUGCUCCUUGUCAGUGGGCUCAGGAAGCCGAGAUAUGGCUUCUCCCAGCCCAUAAUCUGUAUUUCUGCUGCAUCUGAUUGCAAAGUGGUUGGCUUUGUCUUAAUCUGCACUUAAUGUAGCCCCCAGACAGUUCUCCCCCCAUCUGCCUCCAGGAGGAAUGUUACUGCCUUAAUGGAAAAUGAAGAUAAAAUAAUGCUCAAUCAAGAUCUCUCCAAAUAAAAUGUUCCCCUUAUCAGA